AUGAAACCGCUGUGGAUUCCUGAUGACGCUUCAAGUAAAUGUUUGAUGGAGGGAUGCGAUACGGUGUUUUCAUUCUUGAACCGCCGUCAUCAUUGUCGCGACUGUGGCUGGCUGAUAUGCUCUACAUGUGUUGGGAAAGCGCCACUUUCUAAAUUCCAGUUCAAAAAGGAAAUUGUUUGUCCGGAAUGUUACGACAAAUUGGAGAACUUAUACAAUGCGGGUACUCUAUUUCCAACUAACAUACUGCUUCGAGGUUCUGAUGGUCUAAUUAGAAUUCGUGUGCCGAAGGGAGGCGGGCUACAGGAAAAGAGAUAUGUUGUCGUCGAACCACAAACUCUUUUUAUGCCUCCGAUAAAUAGAAGGCUCAAGCGUAUGAAUAUUGAGCAACGAAUGGUGCCAGACAGUGGUCUCGUCUUUGGAAAAGUCAUGGUCAAGAAGCAGUAUAUGGAAAAACUGUCUGUACCAGCAUAUAUUAAGGAUGAUGAGCCGUGUGAGCAGUAUGUCAUCUACGGUUUUGAACUGAAGGAAACAGAAGCUGAAAGUGGAGGAACGCAAUUCGAGCUAACUCAUCGCAACCAAAUCAUGACAGAUCGAAAGGAACAAGUCAUUUCGUUUCGAGUUGAGCAUGAGAAGAGUAUCAUCAAGUGA